AUGCAUUCCCGAACAUUCUCUACAUACACCCGGGUUCUUGCCCCCAGAUUCGCCACAACCAUCAAGGAGGUGGGUAAGCCUGCAUUGACCAAAUCCAUCGAAGUCAAGCGUCCAUUUGGAUUUGAUAAACCAAUUUUAUUGAACCACAAAGUACAUUCAUAUUCGUUAUCCAGCGUGAAGGACUACUUUUUCAGCCCAGAAGCCAAGGAGCUCCGUCAGAAGCGUUUGGACCACGACAUUGUGCACUCUCCAUUCUACGAAUCGAAAUCAUUCCAGAACACCAAUGGUAAAAUCUUCACCCCGCCCAUCUCAUACUUCAAAGCCGACAAGUCGAAAUACUUCCCUGAUUUCAUUGCAUCAACCUUGAGCACCAAGUCUGUUAGUCUAGGCGAGCUUCUUGAGGGAAAAGUCAGCAUUGUCAGAGUUUACCUGACAGUCUCUGGUGAAAAGUGUGUAGACACAUUCUUUCAGAAGGACGGCAAGGACUUGGCAGGAGCCGACUUUGAAUCCUUCAAGGAAGAACAUCCAAAUUCUCAAAUUAUAGACAUCAAUGUGCCUCAGAACUGGAUGAAGGGCUUCAUGAUUGGACUUUCCAAGAGUAACAUCAAGAAACAAAUCCCUGUUGAAAGACAAGACAAGUACUUUGUUCUCCCGGAUCAUACAUUUGGUUAUGAAAUCAGACAAGUUUUACUUUGUGACAAUAUGUGCUCAGGUUACAUCUAUGUCUUGGAUGGAGAGGGAAAGAUUAGAUGGGCCACAAGUGGAUAUGCUGACGAGGAAGAACUCGAAUUGAUGUGGAAAUGCGUUAGAGGUGUCGAGAAGGAAAUAAGUAGUUGA